GCGAGGUGAGAACGUAAACAACUGCAAGCGUUGUGGACAAGCUAGAAGCACGACAGGUGCUGAUAAAUAUGGAUUGACAGAGGAAAAAGACGUAAUUGUCUCAUGAUUUGGACUCCUGUUCUAAUAUUGUGAACAGGUUGUCUUAAGAAAACAACAUGAAUGAGGAUAAGGAAGAGAAUGCUUCAAAUGCUUCUUUGGGGACCUCGGGUAAAGGUAAAGAUCGUCCUCCUAGGAAUAGGUUCAAGGAAUCUAUAGAAAAUCUCCUGCGAUCAUCCGAUGCUCGUCUUCAGAAAAAUGCACAAAGCGAAAGAGAUCCGGGGCUGCCCCCCAGGAGAAGUAAAACUAAUUUAUUACCACGUUUUGAUAUGGCUGAUGAGAAAGAAGAUAACACAGCAAGUAAUUCAGUGGCAGAUCAAUCGGAAGCAAGUGAAACAACCAGCAGGACUGAUGUAAACUCUCAGAAAAAUCUGUCAAAUAUAGGGGUACCUUUGUCAAAGCAGCCAAGGCUAGAAAUGGGGAAAACAGGUUCACCAUCAGAAAAUAGUGAUUUAACUCCAAGAAGGAAUGAAAGAAUUUAUGGUACAGCUGGAAGUCUAAGAAGUACUCCAAGCAACAUGUUGGAUGAGGACCUUACUUCUGAAAGGAGUUUUGGCAGCAGCAGAGCAUACACACCAAGAAAAAGACUCAAUUCCAUUCUGGGUGGAAAUGUGAGCCCAGAACUCCGCUCUUAUAUUAUAGAAAAGGAAGUAGUAGAAAGUCAACACAGAAAGUUACAAGUUGAAGUUACCAGUUUGCAGACUGAAAACAAGCUGCUGAAAGAAAAAUAUAAUAGAGCUACAGCACAAAUAGUGAAUCUGGAAAGACAGCUUGCUGAUGCCCAGCACAGAGUGGAGCAAACAGAAGAUGACUUGAGUGCUGAAAUGUCCUCUAUAAGAAAAAAGUCCAGAACUGAAGCAGACUCUGAAAAGCAAGACCUGCUGAAGCAAAUUGCCAAUCUUACAAAGGAAAAUGAAAUUCUCACAGCUGAGAAUUCUUCUCUUGAAAAACAACUGGAUGCUGCAAGGAGAACCUCUGAUAUAGUUAGGCAAGCUUCUGAUAAGUCCAAGAUUGUGGCUGCAUACAAGGCAGAGUCUGCUUCUUUACGGGAGGAACUUGGUAAAGUCAAAUCAUUGCUUAGUCAGAGUGAUAAACAAAGGAGAGAUGAUGAGGAAAAAAGGAAAGAAAGUCUGCAGCAAAUUGCCAAGCUGACUGAAAUGAACAACUUACUUAAGCAGCAGUUAGAAUUGGGCGGCAGUGCCUUGGUGGCAGAAAAACAGGUAAAGUCUCUAGAUGUGCGUCUCAAAGUAACAGAAGAACGUCUGCAACAAGAGAGGGCAGACCGUUCGGUUAAGCUGUCUGAGGUGGAAGAUAAACUCCUCAAGGAAAAUGCUAAGUUCCAGGUUGCUGCAAAGGAGGCUAAGAGGCAGUUACAUAGAGAAAAAGAGAAAGUCAAACAUUUAGAACAAAAACUGUCUUCUCUGAAAGAUCAGUUAAAACAGUAUGGGUCUGGUGACGAGUAUGGUUCACCAUCAAGAACAAGUCCUAGCAAAAAAGAUGAAAGUAUUCCGUAUUAUGACCAGUCACCUGAAGUGGAACACCAGAAGGACCUUUCUGUUGAAAAGAAACUCUAUGAGGACAAGUUCAAGAGACUGACUGAAGAGUUGGAUGAUAAAACCAAAGAAAUGCAGGAGCUGGAAAUGACUUUAAAGCUUCAGAUCAACAGUUUGGUAAAAGAAAAACACGAAACUAUCACAAAAGUAAGACACCUGGAGGACCAAGUAGCUGGCCUGCAAGCUGAAAAUACUUCUCUAAAGGCUGGUCUGGACAGUGGCGUCUCAAUGGCUGCCAGUGCUGACAGUGUGGGGUCAGUGCACUAUGAAGUUCAAAUAGAAACGUUAAAAGGUGAAAUCAAAAUCCUAGAAGGGAAGAUAGCACAACAGCAGCGGAACAUUAAGCUUUUGGAGGCUGAAAAAGAAACCAUCGUCACACAGUUAGACACCAAAGAGCAUUCUCUAGAGGAAGCACUGCGAGAGCUUGAGAAUUAUGGUGUACAGCAAGAACAUGGGGAGUCAGACAGGAAGCAGCAAAAAAUUGAUAGGCUAACAGCUGAGAAUCACAGCAUCCAGUCUGAGCUGCGUGAGUGGCAGAUGAAGCACAGGCAUUUAACAGCAGAGAAGCAGCAGAUGCAGGACCAGAUGGACAAGUUGAAGAAAGAAUUAACUAGAUUGAAACAGAAUUGGGAGAACCAGACUGCAGAACAUGCAGAAUCUUUUAAACUUGAGCUCCAGAGUGAGAUACAUGAAAAAGAAAUGCAAAUCCUGAGCCUCAAGUCUCAGUUCAUGCAGAAUGAAGAUGAACUACAGAUGACCAGGCAGGAACUGAUCCUGGAGCAAGAAAAUUUGAUACAUCUGAAAAAGGAGGUGGAAAAUCUACAGUCCUUGCUACACCAGGAGAAAGAACAAAACAAACUGCUGCACGAUCAAGAAAGUGACUUACAGGCUGAGAUUAAAGCACUCAAAGAUAACUUAAAAUGGAGCAAUAAGGAAUUAAGUGAAAAGUCUAGAGAGGUGGUCACUGAAAUGGAGACACUUAAACAUUUGCUUGAAUCAAAGGAGGCCAGGAUUGAGAAACUUUCAGCUACAAUAAGCCAUCAAAAACAGGACUUGGGUUCCCUGAAUAGGCAGAUUGAGAGGCUGAAAGAAGAGAGUGCCAGCAAGACUGAGGAGAUUGAGAAACUUACAUUUGGGAUGGAACAGAAGGCCCUGGAAAUGUCAUCUGCAACUGAAGUGAGCCAGUAUCUCACCAAUGAGAGAACCAAAAUUCAGAUGGAAAAAUAUGAAGUGGAGAAGAAGCUUGCCAAACAAAUUGAGAUGCUUGAGGAAAAGAGACUAGAGAUAGGAGAACUAACGAGAAAGCUUGAAACAGAAGAAGACAGACACAGUAUGACUGAAGAGAUGCUCAAAGAGAAAGAGAAUCAUAUUGUGAGUUUGGAGACAGAUAUGCAUCGUCUGCGCAAGAAAGUAUCCCAGUUGGAAGAAGAAACCAGGCAGCUGCAGGAAGAAAGUAAAAAGUGGAAUACAAUUAGUUCUGGUUUGGAAAAAAGACUAACUGCUGCCAAAUUAGAGGUUGCUGAAGCAAAGAGUGCAUCCAAUCAGUUGGGACAAGAAUAUGGCAUGGCCUCCAAGCAACUUGAUUUAGUUAAACAGGAAUAUGAACUUGCAGUUGUAACCCUAGAAACAGAGAAAAGUGCUGCUGGAAAGCUCAGGGAACAGAUUAGGGCUGAUGAAAAUAAGAUCAGUAGAUUGGAAGAGGAGUUGAGGGUUUCACAUGAAAGAGUUGAUAAAUUAAAUGGUCAGUUGUCGGCUAGCCAGGACAUGGUAGAACAGUUGAAAGGAGACAAGCAAAGUUUAUAUUCAGAUUUGCAAGAACUGUGUCACAAAUUAUCAGAGAAAGAUGAAUUAAUUGGUCAGUUGCAAGAGAAGUGCUCUGAGACAGUUGAAACAGUACAUAAUGAAUAUGCAAUGGAGAAGGUGAAGAUAUCUAGGCAAAAGGAAUCUGUAGAAGAAGAACUAAAAAGAACAAAAAUGGAGCUGAAGGGGUUAAAGGAACAGCUCAAGCAGAAGGAUAUUCAGAUGAAUACGUAUGGUAGAACCCUACUAGACCUGGAGGGAGAAACUAAAGCCAGGCAACAGCUGGAAAACAGGGCAACGGCCAUGGAAAUGGAAGUUCAGGAAUUAAAGCAGCUGAACAGUGCUCUGAAAGCAGAGAAAGUGUCUCUAACAGAGAGCAAUAGACACUUGCAGGAAACUUCAGAAAGUGCAAAGGCUAAAAUAGCCAGAUUAAAGGAGACCAUUUCUGAAAUGCAAGAGAAGCAUCAAAAGCAGACAGAAAACCUUAGGCAGAGUAUGGCUGACAGAAAUGUCAAACAAGAAGCAGAAAUGUUGGACCGUAAUGAAAAAUACAUUAAGACAAAUGCUACUCUGAAGACCUUAGAAGUGUCCCUGACAGCAGCAAAUGAAACCAAGGAGCUCUAUCUUCACAAUAACAGACAAUUGGAAAAGACCAUAGACUCCUUAAAAACCCAGCUACAUGAAGAGAUCACCUUGAGAAAGUUGUCUGAGCAAAAGAUUGAUACUUAUAAAACGCAGCUUGAGGAGGUUAAGAAGAGGAAGGUUACAGAUGACCAGAUAACCAUUGACCUGCAGCAGAAGUUGAAUGAGACAGAAAGGGCAUUCAACAUAGAGCACGAGAAACUUCAAAAAUGUCGAGAUGAUCUCAGCAAUAUGGAGACCACUGCACAUGCUCAUGAAUCUAAAGCGCAGUCACUGCUUGACCAGUUUAACACAUUGCAGAUCAUUAAUUUCAGCAGUGACAAUUCCANGAAUAUGUAA